GAUUGAGGUUGUUCGCACCCAAUCAUUUCAUUUCCAGCAAAUAACGAACGAACGAUGAUGAUGAUCUGAGUUAACCUCGUUUGUCUGUCGGAGCUCAUCAAUGAAAGAAAAAAACAAUCACAAUUACAAGAAAGUAACGAUUUUUCGAAAUGGGUCUGUCGAAUGAGAAUGUAACAGGUCUCAUUUUAGCGUUGGCUUCAAGUUUGUUUAUUGGUUCAAGUUUCAUUAUCAAGAAACAAGGUCUUCGAAGAGCAGCUUCUACUUAUGGUGUUAGGGCUGGUGUUGGUGGUUAUUAUUAUCUAUUGGAACCUCUAUGGUGGGUAGGGAUGAUCACAAUGAUUGUAGGAGAAGUUGCAAAUUUUAUUGCAUAUGCUUUUGCUCCUGCUGUUCUAGUUACCCCUCUCGGUGCAUUAAGUAUUAUUGUGAGUGCUGUUUUAGCCGACCUUAUUCUGAAAGAGAGGCUACACAAGCUUGGGAUAUUAGGCAUUGUGAUGUGCAUUGCUGGUUCUAUCAUUAUUGUUAUUCACGCUCCUAAAGAGGAACCUAUCACAUCUGUUCUGGAGAUAUGGAAUAUGGCUACUCAACCAGCAUUUCUAGCAUAUGUCGGGUCUGUAGUAGUACUGGUCUUCUUUAUGGUUUUCCAUUUUGCACCAACAUGUGGACAUACCAAUGUCCUAGUUUAUACAGGCAUUUGUUCGUUGAUGGGUUCCCUCUCUGUAAUGAGUGUCAAAGCACUUGGAACUUCUUUGAAGUUAACUUUUGAAGGGAACAAUCAGUUAGUUUAUCCACAGACUUGGUUUUUCAUGUUAGUUGUGGCCAUAUGUGUCGUAAUGCAAAUGAAUUAUCUUAAUAAGGCGCUUGACACCUUCAACACGGCAAUCGUGUCUCCUAUAUACUAUGUCAUGUUUACAACACUUACAAUAUUGGCCAGUAUAAUAAUGUUCAAGGAUUGGGAUGGCCAAAGUUUUUCAACUAUUAUGUCAGAAAUAUGUGGCUUUAUUGUUGUACUCUCUGGCACAAUAAUGUUACAUCUGACCAAGGACUUCGAGAGAAGCCAUUCUUUUAGAGGUGGCGGCUUGCCUUCUUCGCCUACAUUAUCUGUCCGGCUUUAUACCGGAAAUGGGGACUCGUUACUUAAGGAUGAUGAAGAGAACGAAUCUCCUGAGGAUAUGUUCUCAAGAAGACAAGAUUUAUGUUAGAUGGUUUUAUAUGACAUAAAAAAGGUCUUAAUUAGGGGAAGUUGAACCUUUCUCUGGGAAACUGAAUGAGAAUCCCAUCAGAUUGAUACCAAUACCAUGCAGCUGCAGGUAGUAAUGUAACCAUAGAACGAUGGGAGGUUUCCGAAGCUAUUCUUUCAUGGAUUUAAUUGAUAUGCACUAACAAUGUAAAUAUUUUUUACUCUGUCAAUCAAUCAUAACCAUUGGAUCAAUAAAAAUAUUUGACUUCAAUCAUACAUACCUUAAAAGUCAUACAAAUGAUGGUUUGUGAUUGGUUAAUAGUGUAAAAAGUUUACAUCGACGGUGUAUUAAAAUUAAUCUCUUUCUUUUAUCAACCUAAAUUUUAGUCUGAAUUUUGCAAGGUGCAUAGUGUACAGUGUGUCCUCAGUUGCUUUGCUUGUGUUAGAGAAGGUCAUUGGAUUGAUAUUAGUACUAUCUGCAUAUAUACAUUUUUUUUAGAUUGAGAUUAGUUUUCUUUUUGAGGCUAUUUUUACAUGAAUGAAGAAAUGGAGGAUAGAGAUUAGUAUGUUAGAACCGUAUACAUAUGGUGGUUUUGUAUUGGCUUUUAUAAUAUUUAUGGUUUUGCAAUUUGGCUUAGCAUACAAGAUUCAUUUGUGGUUUGUAAGUAGACAUAUGUAACAGGAAACUAACUAAGAAAUUUCUCUGUUUAGAAUUGUAGUUUCCUAUGAGUAUAAGAAAUAUAUUCUCAUUUGUAAACAUGUUCUAGUUCUUACAUGCUCAAAAAUCCUAUAGUUUUUGAAGAACAAUGAUAAUUGUACAUUCAGCACAAGUAGAUGUAAGGAACAAUAAAAGGGACCUUCAAAGCUUUAA